CAGCAAUGAUCUACACAAACUUCAGCAAGCUGAUUGAGCUGAAUUGUGCCGUUGUCAAAAUUGUGAAACGGACCAUUAGGAAAGCACAACUUCAGGACGUGGAAAAAUAGGGAGAUGAACAACACCACAGGCUUGUCAACAAAUCCGAGCUGCCGCGAUUUACGCAACCCCACUGUGACCAAAGUGCCCAUUCCUCUCUUAUACUCCAUGGUCUUCAUCGGAGGAUUCCUGCUGAACGUAUUGGCUGCCUGGAUCUUCUGCCAUGUUCCAAAUAAAUCCAGCUUUGUGAUUUACCUCAAGAACACUGUGGCAGCUGACCUGCUGAUGGUAGUUACACUUCCAUUUAAAAUCCUCUCUAAUACACCGUUUGGGACCUGGCAGUUGAAAGCCAUUGUGUGUCGUUACACAGCUGUUGUGUUCUACAGCAGCAUGUAUGUCAGUAUAAUAUUCCUUGGCCUGAUCAGCCUCGAUCGGUACUUGAAGAUUGUUCAGCCUCAAAAAAAUCUCUUCAUGCAGAAAGUAACGGUUGCCAAGGUGAUCAGUGUGAGCUGCUGGGUUUUUGUAAUGAGCUUUGCCCUGCCGAGUAUCAUUUUGACCAACAAGGCCCCCACACCUGAAACUGCAGGUGCUUGCAUGAAGUUGAAAAGUGACAUCGGGCAUAUUUGGCACAAGAUUAUAAUUAUCAAAUGCCAAGUUAUUUUUUGGGCUGUUUUUCUCCUUCUCACUCUGUGUUAUUUAGCCAUCUUAAAGAAAUUAUAUUGCUCCAAACAGAAAUUUCAGAGGGACUCUGGCCCUGUGGUAAAGAAAGCAAACCGUAACAUUUUCAGUAUCCUAGGUGUCUUCUUCAUCUGCUUUGUGCCGUACCAAUUUAUCAGGAUCCCGUACGACAAGUACCGAUUGGUCAAUGAAAACUGUGUAACAAGUAACAAUCUGUACUAUGCAAAGGAGUUCACACUGCUCCUGUGUGUAUUGAACGUUUGCCUCGAUCCAGUCAUCUACUUCCUCCUGUGCAAGGCCUUCACCAGACAGCUGUGCAGAAAACUGAGAGCGGGGAGAAGUCUGAAAAUCAAAAUUGCUAAAGUGAAGAAUAAGCCACAGUCAAGUAACAACUCUAACCAAUUCUCUGACCUAGGAAUGAAUGGUACUUUAAGAGAGACUCAAGUAUCACAAACACUUGGUCCAACGGCAAAUGUUUCCUCAGUUCCCUGA